UAUAUUUAGUCUUUUUGAUUUCCAUCUUUCUAAAUUAAGUAUUUUUGAAAUCUUCUAUAGUCAGCUAUAUAAUAUACAUAUAGUAUAUUAGCUCGUGUUAUAAAACAACUCAUUAUAAUUUGUAAAUAUUUUAUACCAUUGAAAUGGCAUUGGCAUCGAAUUUUCGUCAUAUUUUUAAAACCGAUUUAAUAAGAAGCAGUUUCAAACAGAGCAGAGUUUUUAGUUCUGGAAAAGAUUUGAAAUUUGACAAAAAUACAUUUGACAAACUGGUACGGACAAAUAAAGUUGUUGUGUUUAUGAAAGGUACUCCGGAGCAACCGCGGUGUGGAUUUAGUAAUGCGGUGGUGCAAAUUAUGCGAAUGCAUGGUGUUUCCUAUGAUGCACAUGAUGUAUUACAAAGCGAUGAACUAAGACAGGGAGUUAAAGACUACAGCAAAUGGCCAACUAUCCCUCAAAUAUUUAUCAAUGGAGAAUUUAUUGGAGGAUGUGAUAUUGUACUGCAAAUGCAUCAAAGUGGUGACUUAAUAGAAGAACUCAAAAAAGUUGGAAUAAAAAGUUUACUGCUCGAGGGAGCCGAACAAAAAAACGAUAAAUAAACGUUUUAUUAUGAACAGUUUGAAGAAAAUAUAAUAAUUUAAAUUAGUUUAGUCAAAAUAAA